AUGUUGGUCUCUACUGCCUUCAAGCUUUCCAGCAAAUUUCGGGCAAAUGGUCCCCUGACAAGCAAGUCUUUAGCUUCUCUGUAUGUGUCAUCGAGGAAUUAUGCCAGUGGGAGUGACACAGACUUGAUUGUGAUUGGUUCUGGGCCUGGAGGAUAUGUGGCAGCAAUCAAGGCAGCACAGUUAGGACUCAAGACGACAUGUGUAGAGAAGGAAGCAACACUAGGGGGCACCUGCCUCAAUGUGGGAUGUAUUCCCUCCAAGUCUCUCCUCAACAACUCACACUUGUAUCACAUGGCCCAUGGCAACGAUCUGAAAAGCAGAGGAAUUGAAUUUACAGAUGUCACGUUGAACUUGGGGAAAAUGAUGGAUCAGAAAAGUGGAGCAGUCAAAGCCUUGACAGGAGGAAUUAUCACUCAUGUCAAGGGUUACGGAAGAGUUUCGGGACCAAACGAGGUCACGGUCACCAAGGAAGAUGGAACUCAAGAAAAGCUGACCACUAAAAACAUCCUCCUGGCUGUGGGGUCAGAGGUCACUCCCUUUCCUGGCAUUGAGGUGGAUGAGAAAACAAUUGUGUCAUCCACUGGUGCGCUCUCAUUGGAUCAUGUUCCUCAACACUUGGUUUUGAUUGGUGCUGGUGUCAUUGGAGUCGAAUUGGGCUCGGUGUGGCUACGGCUUGGAGCACAGGUGACCUGCGUGGAGUUUCUGGGUCACAUUGGAGGUCUCGGCAUUGACAUGGAAAUCUCCACCAGUAUCCAGAGGUCUCUGGCCAAACAGGGCCUGAAGUUCAAGUUGAACACCAAGGUCACCGGAGCCACCAGGUCGGGGGACAAGGUGACUGUCAGUGUUGAAGGGGCCAAAGAUGGCAAGAAGGAAGAGAUUGAGUGUGACACCUUGCUGGUUUGUAUCGGGCGACGACCUUUCACUAAAGAUGUUGGCUUGGACACAGUUGGCAUUCAGCUCGACAAACAGGGCAGAAUUCCGAUCAACUCUCGCUUUCAGACGUCAGUGCCUAGCAUCUACGCUAUUGGAGACUGCGUCCAGGGCCCCAUGUUGGCACACAAGGCUGAAGAUGAAGGUAUCAUCUGUGUGGAGGGCAUCUGUGGAGGAGCUGUACAUAUUGACUACAACUGUGUUCCCUCUGUCAUCUACACACACCCCGAGGUGGCCUGGAUCGGCAAGUCUGAGGAAGCUCUCAAAGAAGAGGGCAUUGAAUACAAGAAAGGCUCCUUUCCACUGGCUGCAAACAGCCGUGCCAAAUGCAAUAAUGACACAGACGGCCUGAUCAAAGUCUUGGCAGACAAGAAGACAGAUCGAUUGCUGGGAGCACACAUUGUUGCCUCUUGUGCUGGUGAACUGAUUAACGAGGCUGCCCUUGCCAUGGAAUAUGGAGCCUCUUGUGAAGAUAUUGCUCGAGUUUGCCAUGCUCACCCG